AUUAUAAUUAUUAUUUUAUUUUAUAAUUAUAAUUAUAAUAUAUAAAGAUGGUUUGAAGCAGAGAAACUGGUCUUCUCGAAGCCGAAGAGCGGAAGAAGAAGAAGAAGAAGAUGAUGCAAGAAGGAGAAGAAGAGCUAAGCAUAGAUGAGUUGGCUUCCAAUCUCUCCACUUAUAAGCAUCAGCUUCAGCAGGUAAAGAAGCUGUUGGCCAGUGACCCUGGAAAUUCUGAAUAUGAGGACAUGGAAAAGGAGCUUUCUGAGGUCGCCUCUUCCUUAUUUCUCUUUUCUUUUAUUUUAUCUGCAUACUGCAAUCAUGCUUUUUCCAUUUUAGUUUUCCUUCCUCCCUUCCUUCCCUCCAUUCCUUUCCUUUCCAUUGUAUUCUGAAAUCAAACCAACCCAACCCAAUAACGCUAUUAAUCAAUCAAUCACCAUUCA